GGGAGCUGGACGCUGAGACCUAGGGCUAAAGCUGGGAGGUGAGUCAGUCACCUUGAGCCGGGCGAGCGCUGUGGGCCAAACCGGGGCUGCAGGGCAGUGGGCGUGCAGACUGAAAAAAUGCAGACCACUGGGACAUUACUCAUUUCUUCGGCUCUGAUCCGCUCUUGUACCAGGGGUCUAAUCAGACCUAUGUCUGCCUCCUUCCUAAGUAGACCAGUGAACUCAUCUAAACAGCCUUCCUACAGCAGAUCCCCACUCCAGGUGGCCAGACGGGAGUUCCAGACCAGUGUUGUCACCCGGGACAUUGACACAGCGGCCAAGUUUAUUGGUGCUGGAGCCGCCACAGUUGGUGUGGCUGGUUCAGGUGCCGGCAUUGGAACAGUGUUUGGCAGCUUGAUCAUUGGCUAUGCCAGGAACCCGUCUCUCAAGCAGCAGCUCUUCUCUUAUGCCAUUCUGGGCUUUGCCCUUUCUGAGGCCAUGGGGCUCUUCUGUUUGAUGGUCGCCUUCCUCAUCCUCUUCGCCAUGUGAGGCUCCGUGGGGGUCACCUACCUGUCCCUGCUGGUUCAACUCCAUGCCAUUCCUGGUGCUGGAGUGUGCUAAGCUUUACCAUUAAACACGUUUCUCUAAAUCCA